AGGCCAAGCCUGAAACUACUACCAACGGUGGUUUAUGUUUUACAUGAUGGUUAAUUAUUCAGCAGGAUAAACGCAGGGUCCGCUUUGUCAUAUCACUUUUUUUUAAAAUUCUGAACAGAAUCCUGAAGAACCUAGUGUAAAGCCGCAUUUGCAAGAGUACAGAGUUGAUCUAAACACUUGUGGGCCCAUGGUGCUGGAUGCUCUCAUCAAGAUCAAGAAUGAAAUUGAUCCUACGUUGACUUUUCGUCGAUCGUGUCGUGAAGGUAUUUGCGGAUCAUGCUCAAUGAAUAUUGGAGGAAACAAUACUCUGGCUUGUAUCAACCGAAUUGACCCAUCACUCACGAAGCCUGUGAAAGUUUACCCUCUUCCACAUAUGUAUAUUAUCAAGGAUUUAGUUCCGGUAAGUGUUCACACGAUGUUCAAAACUCAAAAUCCCAGCUCUGUUCGUAUGUUACACCAAAACCUUCCGUAGUACACUGGCCAAUGUGCAAUGUUUUUUCCAUUGAAAGGGACCUAGUAUUCUUGUCCAUACUGUGUGAAAUCCAGCUCUGUAUGGUAGUCACACUGAAAACCUCCGUAACUUGUCGGCCAAACUUUCAUAUGUGCUUAUUGUUAAAGUUCUUUCAUGCCAUUAGGAGGAGAUCCCCACACACAUGCAUUGUGUGUACAUCUACAUAAGAAGACUGAAGAACAAUGACUUUGUAGUGGUAGAUAAGAGUGAAGCACUACAUAUGUGCUAAAUUCACCUGUGGACUGCCCAGUGCCGAUUGCUUGUAUUUGUUGACUGUUUGCUAUUAUAGAAUCGAGUGUGUUUUAAUUUUUGUUCAUAUAGGAUCUUACAAAUCUCUAUGAGCAAUACUGUUCCAUUGAACCAUGGUUAAAAAGGACUGAUGAAACAGAGAGUGAAGAGUACUACCAAUCCAUCGAUGAUCGCAAGAAGCUUGUAAGUUUCUAAAGUACUGUUCAUAAGUUGCAAUAAUUGUAGUUGACAUCCAGAGUGACCUGAAGAGACUGGAUGUAUUAGUUUUAUAGGCACAGUGCUACAGACAGUUGCUGCAAAUUGGAAAAUAUUGAACGCUGAAAAAUUAAUUAGCAGGUUACACAGGCUAACUCGCUGUCAAGGGAGCAAAAAAAUACCUCUUCCAGUGCCAGUCUUGUCUUCGCUGAUCCAUGGACACGUGAGGAGGACUUAACCUUUUGCUGGAAAUUGUUCUACAAGCCAGUUAAAGUACUGUUCAUACUCGUCUACUGAGAAACCUUUUGAACGUGGUUUGUAGUCCCAUUCAAUAAUUCCCGUAAUACACUCGCACGGUGCACUUACAGCACUGUCUGCGUGUAUUAUAGGAGUUCUUUUUGCGAAAUGUGUUUUGGAUUCUGAAGAAUGAAAACCAUGUUCAAUAGUUAUUAUGGCUGCCGAGUAAGGCUGGCACUAAUGCGCAAGCAUAGUCAUAAAUGAAGCUGCUACAAAUACUUUAAGUGCCACUGGAUUCAAAGGACUGAAGAGGUUAAUUAAUAAUCUGCGUAAUAUCUAGAUUCAGGUACAGCAUGUGCACAGGAUCAAGGGCCUGUUUCCUGUUGUGUAAAAUAACUAAUAAACACCACUUGAAGGCCAGCUUUUUUGAGCAUCAAGAACAAAUUUGUACUACAGCAGUUAACCAGACCCUCUCUUUUUGUCAGAGGUGCUUGCUCUAGUGACUACUUUGUGUAAGUGCAACAAAUCUAGCACCUCAUUGUGCACACUCAUAAUGUAGCACUAACGCCCUGCACGAAGAGGUCACGAGGCAUAAAUACUUUUCAUGGAUUAAAGUGCAUGUAUGGAAGUCGUUAAGCACUGUGCUAAACUUAGUUUUGAACACAGAUAAUGGGAAAGUUCAGACACUCCUAUUCCUUUGUGUUACUAGGAUGGGCUCUAUGAGUGCAUCUU